UCUUUUACCGUGCCCUAAUAUAUUUUCCUCCACGUUUAUAUCAUUUUCUUUCUUUGAAAACAUUUCCUAAUGGCGACAGCAGCAUUGACAAUCUUGGCCGUCCUAGCUCUGUUUGCAGUUUCCUCUUUAACGGCGGCGUCGGAAACUCCAUUUGUAGUGGCACACAAGAAGGCAUCUGUCGUUAAGCUCAAGUCCGGUUCCGAACGUGUCUCCGUUUCCAUUGACGUCUAUAACCAUGGAUCUCUUGCUAUAUAUGAUGUAAGUCUUACUGAUGAUAGCUGGUCUCCGGAAAUAUUUGAUUUUGUGGCUGCAAACACCUCUCAGUCAUGGGAAAGACUUGAUGCUGGCUCUCAUGUUUCACACUCUUUUGAGUGGGAGUCCAAAGUGAAAACAACUUACUAUAGCGCGCCUGCUGCCAUAACAUUCCGUAUCCCUACGACAUCAAAACUACAGGAAGCAUAUUCUACCCCUAUUCCGCCACUAGAAACCUUUGCAGAAAAAGCUGUUUCCUACAAAUUAGAUUUGGCAAAGAAGCUGCUCUCAAAUUAUGGAUCCCAUGUUUCUGUAUUUCUCAUCGUCCUAUUGUUCGUGAGAGUUGUUUCUACUCCAUCAAAGUCAAGUGCUGGGAACGCGAAGAAAAAGCACUGAUAUUCUGUUACAAAGGCAUAGCCCCAUAUAGAAAUCGUUUUUUAAGCUAGUGAAAGGAAAUGUCUCAGCGAGGAUACACAUCUCAACUGUAAAUCCUUGUAACUGCAUUUUGACGAACUGAAAAAUAUAUCGCAUGAGUCCUACUAGAGCUGCCUGCAAAAUUUGUAUGACUAACAACUACUGAAUUCCGACUUCUCUAUGCAACUUUGGAGAUGCUCACCUUGUCCAAUUCUUAAUAACCUAUUUUCACCAA